AUGGAUACAUUGCUGGAGCAUAAUUGCAAUUAUGGUGUAAAAAUGGCUGAAAGCGAAGAUCAAUGUUUAUUAAAUAUUACUGACAUUGGCGGAGGAAUUCGUAAGGAAUGUUGUGAAUGUUGUCUCUUGGCCAAGGAAUUAUCACGAAAUGAUAAAAGCUGUGUAGCACCGAAUGGUUUUGGCGCAGCAUGUUUGCGCUCCUUUCAUCAAUGCUGUUUUGAAAAUGCAAAAUCAAAACAAUAUCAUCGUUAUGAAAGUAAUUCGGAUUUGCUGGAUCUUUUGAGUGUUGGUGAUCGUUGCAUAUCUACAAAAUGUGAACAUAUAUGUACAGACCGAGGAGGUGCUACAGUGGAAUGUUCUUGCCAUCCCGGGUAUGAAUUAGGACCGGAUGGUUACUCUUGUAUUGACAUAAACGAAUGCGAUGCACGGGAUUCGGUGUGCCCAUUGCCUAAUUCAUUAUGUCUCAAUACACCUGGAUCGUUCUCCUGCGUUUGCUUACCAGGCUUCUAUUGGAGUGAUAUUGGCUCCGUUUGUGUAGAUAUUGAUGAAUGCUUACUACUAGCGGAUGAUUGUCUGGAAAGUCAACGUUGCUUGAACACUCCUGGCUCAUUUAAAUGCAUACGAACAUUGUCCUGUGGUACUGGAUAUGCUCUGGAUAGCGAUACUGAACAGUGCAUUGAUGUGGAUGAAUGCAAUCUUGGUUCUCAUGAUUGCGGACCAUUGUAUCAGUGUCGUAAUACUCAGGGCAGCUAUCGUUGUGAUCCGAAGAAGUGUGCUGAAGGUGAAUUGAUGAAUCCACGAACUGGUGAAUGCACAAAUAUGGACUGUCCUAUAGGUUAUAAACCAAUUCGUGGACGUUGUGAAGAUGUCAACGAAUGUGAAAUAAUAGGGCGAUGUGCGCAAUUUGAAGAAUGCAUAAACACUCCUGGUUCAUUCCGCUGUCAAGAACGAGGAAACUUAUGUACAAACGGUUAUCGUAUGGAUCGAGAUACUGGAUUCUGUGUCGACAUUAACGAAUGCGCCGAUGGGACUCAUUUUUGUGGUGACAAACAAUGCAUUAACUUAUUGGGUAGCUAUAAAUGUCGUUGUUCAGCGGGUUUUGAAUUCAAUGAUACGACAAAACGUUGCGAAGACGUAGAUGAAUGUAAGAAGUUUGCGGGACACGUCUGUUCGUUGCAUGCAACUUGCGAGAAUACGUAUGGAUCAUUCAAAUGUCAUUGUAAAGAUGGCUUCAAGAUUGCCAAAGACGCGCGAAACUGUGAUGAUAUUGAUGAAUGUAGUCUUGGUAAAGCAAACUGUGCGCAAAAGUGUAUCAAUAUACCUGGCAGUUACCAGUGCAUUUGUGAGCGCGGUUAUCGUCUCGGUGCUGAUGGUGUUACCUGUGAAGAUAUUGAUGAGUGUACUCUUUGGGCUGGUUCAGGUGAUGACCUUUGUAUGGGCAGAUGCAUUAACACUCCAGGUUCCUACAAAUGUCAGUGUCCUGUUGGUUAUGAAAUACAAGAAGAUGGCCGAACAUGUAAAGAUGUUGAUGAAUGUGCCAAAGGUGAGUGUCAAGGGAACGAUCAGAUUUGUGUAAAUACAUUGGGAAGCUUUAAAUGCCAUGUAAUACGUUGUCCACUGAAUUACAUGCACGACAAAAAUUAUAAAAAUCGCUGUAACCGAUUGAGCCAUUUAUGCGAUUCAUUAACUGAAGAAGCGUGUAAAAAUCAUGCGAUGCGCAUAAGUUGGGAGUUUACAUCCAUACCAAGACAAGAACCAAUUUCAUCGAGACGAACUUCCAUCACACUAUUUACUGUUCGUGGCCCAACGUCACCUUCAAGCAAUGUUCAGUUCGAAUUGAAGUUGAAAAGCGCCAUACCAGAAAAAUUCUAUGUGUUACCGGCAGUACGAAGUAAUUUUCUAUUGCAAAAAAGUGAGGAAAAAAAUGGAGCAAUAAUUGCUCUGAGAGAUUCGCUGGAUGGACCGCAGGAGAUAUGGAUAAAUUUGCCAACAUUUUGUCGUAACUUUUUACUUGAUUUUGAAAUACCCGGAUAUAUCAUGGAUCAAUAA